AUGUUUCACCCCAGCCUGGCGUGCCCGCAGCGCAUAACAGUAUAUCUAAAAUCGUCUAAGACAGACAUUGCUAGGGAAGGUCAGUCACUCACUAUAGCUCGCACCUCGACACCCCUUUGCGCCGUUGCAGCUAUGCAAGAGUAUUUUCUCUUAGUUAGGCCUCGGCAUGGACCUUUGUUUUACUUCGCAUCAGGUCGUUACCUCACUCGGGGCAUCGUAUCCGACCUCCUUAGGGAUAGUGCUAGGGUGGCUGGCCUCCCUUAUCAAAGCCUAAAAGGGCAUAGCUUUCGCAUCGGAGCGGCCUCCGUUGUAGCCGCCGCCGGCUUGCCAGAUUGCCUUAUAAAAGUUCUUGGUCGCUGGUCCUCGGACUGUUACCAGCUGUAUAUCAGAACUCCUCAAUCGACAUUAGAGUCUGUGGCUCCCAAGAUG